CGGGCAGUCUGGCCCCAUCUCCGCGCGACCAGCAACGCCUUGCCUGUUUCGGGCAUACUUUCCCGCCCCCCUCGCGACUUGCCCAACUAGGAAUGAAUACGAUGCACCUUCCCCUCGCAGCCGUGCGGAGUCCCUUCUUUUUCCGCCCGUCUGCCCUCCAUCGGCAAUACUGGAGCUCUUUCAGUCCUGCUUAUUUUUAGUAACAUCGCGCUCAUGCGCGAUCUCAUAGGCUUGACGAUCCGGUUCGGCUGCGGAACCGUUGCCGGUGGUUAUCCGGCCAUGCAGACCACCUCAGAAGCGUAGCUCCCUCCACGACGACAAUAUCAGGGCUACUCAUAAGAUGAGCGUAGUGAAAGUCCAAAUGUACCCAUCCAUCUGCCGCUCAUCGAAGAGACCUCGACCUUCCGAGAGCUGAAUUUCGGACAUGGCACAGGCACAGCGCGUGGUCAUUAUAGGAGCUGGUAUCGUGGGCACCAACCUAGCCGACGAGCUGGUGGCCCGGGGAUGGAGCAAUAUUGUCGUGGUAGAACAGGGCCCGUUACAUUUGCCAGGCGGCUCCACCUCGCACGCCCCGGGCCUGGUGUUCCAGACCAAUGCCUCCAAGACGAUGACUCGAUUUGCCCGUUAUACCGUGGAAAAGCUCCAAUCGCUGGAAGAGGAUGGCAUGCCAUGCUUCAACCCCGUGGGUGGCCUCGAGGUGGCAACGACGCCCGCCCGUCUUGAGGAGCUCAAGCGUAAGCACGGCUAUGCGACAUCCUGGGGUAUUGCUGCGCGUCUGCUGACGGUGGAGGAGUGUCUGGAGAGGUAUCCGCUCCUCAACAAGGACCUUGUGCUGGGCGGACUUCACACGCCUACCGAUGGCCUCGCCCUAGCUGCACGCGCGACCCAAUUGCUCAUCGCCCGCACACAGAAGGCGGGAGUUCGUUACCAUGCCUCAACGCCUGUCACGGCCAUUGAGCAGACAGGUUCCCGGGUGACGGGGGUGAGCACACCUAAUGGCACGAUCCCGGCGGACAUAGUCAUCUCCUGUGCCGGCUUCUGGGGCGUUGAAAUCGGAGCGAUGGCCGGGGUGUCGAUUCCUCUGCUGCCGCUUGCCCACCAGUACGCCAAAACAAGCGCCGUGCCCGCUCUGGCGGGUCGUGACAUCAAUAAACGUCCCAACGGAAUGAACGCAAGUCUUCCGAUCCUACGGCACCAAGAUCGGGAUCUAUACUACCGCGAACAUGGCGAUCAGGUAGGUAUCGGGUAUUAUGGACACCGUCCCAUGCCAGUGGUGGCUGCAUCGUUGGGGCAGACGCCCAAGCAAGUCGACGAAGAACAAAUGCCAUCCCGGCUGCCAUUCACUCCUGAGGACUUCUCUCCUGCAUGGGCCAUGUCGCAGGAGCUUCUUCCUGUGUUACGUGAAGCUAAGGUGCAGGACGGGUUCAACGGCAUCUUCUCCUUCACCCCGGAUGGUGGGCCCCUCGUCGGACAAGCACCUAGUCUGGACGGGUUCUACGUCGCGGAAGCCGUCUGGGUCACCCAUUCGGCGGGCGUCGCACGUUCCAUGGCAGAGUUGCUUACAGAUGGAGCUUCCACGGUCGACCUCGCAGAGUGCGAGCUGUCUCGAUUUGAAGAGGUGCAGCUUACUCGAGCCUACGUCAAUGAGACUGCACAACAGAACUUUGUCGAAAUCUAUGACAUCCUACACCCCUUACAGCCGAGGGAGUCUCCCCGCCAGCUACGGGUGAGUCCCUUUUAUUCGCGGCAACAAGCGCUGGGCGCCUUUUUCCUCGAGCUCGGCGGCUGGGAGCGUCCAUAUUGGUAUGAGGCGAACGCGGAGCUCCUCCGAUCACUUCCAGCCGAAUGGCAGCCCACCGCCCGAGACGCCUGGUCAUCCCGGUAUUACUCGCCCAUCUCUGCAGUGGAAGCAUGGAAGACACGGAAUGCAGUUGCCAUGUAUGACCUGACAUCCUUCCACCGAGUGCACGUGUCCGGGCCGGGUGCACUUCGUUUGCUGCAGCGUCUGACGACAGGCGAUGUUGCGGCACCUCCUGGUGCCAUAACUUACGCCCUGCUUCUCAAUGACCAAGGCAAGAUUCGCAGCGACAUCUUCGUCGCCCGCCUGGAAGAGGAUGUCUUCCAAAUCGGGGCGAACACGGCAACCGACGUGGCCUACCUGGUUCGAGAGGCGCGCCGUCACAGGCAGCACACUCCGAGCCAAUGGGUGCAGGUGUCUGAUGUCACCGGAAGCACCUGCUGUGUCGGACUAUGGGGACCUCGAUCUCGGGAUGUGAUUCGUGCCGUGACAUCUGACGAUUUUUCAAGCACCGCACUACCCUACAUGUGCGUCAAGCGAGCCACCAUCGCCGGAAUCCCUGUGACGGCCUUACGCAAGUCCUAUGUUGGGGAACUCGGAUGGGAGAUUCAGACGAGCGCCGAAUCUGGCCACCUGCUAUGGGAUGCUCUCUGGCAGGCUGGCAAGCGCCACGGACUGAUCGCCGCGGGGCGUAGUGCCUUGAACGCGUUGCGGUUGGAGAAGGGGUCCCGGACCUGGGGUACAGACAUGACCACCGAACACAACCCGUACGAGGCUGGCGUCGAGGGUGCUGUCCGGGCCGAUAAAGCGGAAGAUUUUGUCGGAAAGGCAGCGCUGGAGGAUUGCGCCCGCCAGAAACCUGCUCGACGCCUGCGUUGCCUGACAGUGGACGACGGGCAUUCCAUGGUCCUGGGAAAGGAACCGGUCUACCACAACAGUCAGCCGAUCGGGUAUGUGACCAGCGCCGUGUUUAGCUACACGACACGCAAGCCGGCUGCCUAUGCGUGGCUGCCCGGCUGGGUCCGAGACGGGGAGGCGGUUGUGAUUGAGUAUUUCGGGAAGCCCAUCGAGGCCACGGUGACGCCGGAGCCACUCUAUGACCCUCGGGGAAGCCGCCUGCAUCGGGAUGGGCCAUCAGCUGCCCCCGAGCUAGCGAGGCCCGUGAAGCAUCACUUGUAGGAGGCUCGAGACUGGUUCGUGUUGGUGGUGGGAGGGAGGUCGGGGUCUGACGGGCUACAGGCGAGUGGGAUACGAUCGGUUCGCCAUUUGUAUAUAUUUUUUCCUGGUGUCAGAUGCUCACUCCAUCCAGCGUGCUUGGGGCCAGGAGCCACAUAUCAGAAGAGUG